AUGGUUUCCCCGUUGUCCACGCCCAUCUUGCCACCAACUAGUUGUGCGCCAUCUCCCUCGGUGAUGACGCAAUCUGGUCCCACAACUUCUGUCGGUGUUGAAGUCCGAUACGGCCCUGCUUUGGGACUCGAUGUUGUGGACCUCGCUUCAAGUACGGAACCGAUCGGCUCCACGUUGACGCCUGAUGUCCGUGACAGUUCCGCUGCAAGUGACGAGCCGAUUGGAGUCGGAGAAUCUGCUGCAACCACUGAUCUGAUGAGCUCCGCGUUGACGCUUGAUGUCGUCGACAAUUUUGCUGCAAUUGGCGACCCUAUUGGGGCUAUUCCGUUGCCGACCACUCGAGUUGAAAAACCAAUAGUUGAUGAAACGAUCGCGGUUGGUAUGAUCGCUGGACUUCAUCAGCGGCUCGCAUCCCAGCAGGAUCUUGUGGAUAGCUGUCGCGAUCUGUAG